CAGCCCCUCCCUUUCCGCCUGUGCUCGCCUCUCUCCUCUUCAGCCCUCGCCAGCCUCGCCUGUCAGAUAGGUGCUUCAGUGUCGGAGGCUAGGCUACGCUCCUGCCCCCGGACCGGACCCGACCCGCGCUGCACACGAGAGCCAGCCGCCGCCGCCGCCGUACCGCCGAGGCUCGGGCUUCCUCCCCCCCCCCCCCCCUACACCCUCCGUCUCUCGCGGCUCCGACCAUGGCAGUGCCCGCCACUUCCACCAGGUUCACCGACGAGUACCAGCUGUACGAGGAGCUCGGGAAGGGAGCUUUUUCAGUGGUGCGUAGGUGUGUAAAGAAGUCGUCCGGACAGGAGUAUGCUGCAAAAAUCAUCAACACUAAGAAGCUGUCUGCAAGAGACCAUCAGAAGCUUGAGAGAGAGGCUCGCAUCUGCCGUCUCCUGAAGCACCCCAACAUCGUGAGACUCCAUGACAGCAUUUCAGAGGAAGGAUUUCAUUACCUAGUCUUUGACCUGGUGACAGGAGGAGAGCUUUUCGAAGACAUUGUAGCCAGGGAGUACUACAGCGAGGCUGAUGCCAGUCAUUGCAUUAGUCAGAUCUUGGAGAGUGUCAAUCAUAUCCACCAGCAUGAUAUUGUGCACAGAGACCUCAAGCCUGAGAACCUGUUGCUGGCCAGUAAGAUGAAGGGAGCUGCAGUGAAGCUGGCAGACUUUGGCCUCGCUAUUGAAGUACAGGGAGACCAGCAGGCUUGGUUUGGGUUCGCGGGCACCCCUGGUUAUCUCUCACCCGAAGUCCUGAGGAAGGAUCCCUAUGGCAAGCCUGUGGACAUAUGGGCUUGUGGUGUUAUUCUCUAUAUCUUGUUAGUGGGAUAUCCUCCGUUCUGGGAUGAAGAUCAGCACAAACUCUAUCAGCAGAUCAAAGCUGGAGCGUAUGAUUUCCCCUCCCCAGAGUGGGACACGGUGACUCCAGAGGCAAAGAACCUGAUCAACCAGAUGUUGACCAUCAACCCAGCCAAGAGAAUCACUGCUGAGCAGGCCCUCAAACACCCAUGGGUCUGCCACCGCUCUACAGUGGCCUCCAUGAUGCACAGACAGGAAACUGUUGAGUGUCUGCGCAAGUUCAAUGCUCGCCGAAAACUCAAGGGAGCCAUUCUCACCACCAUGCUGGUGUCCAGAAACUUCUCAGUGGGCCGGCAGCAUACCAACUCUGCUGCUGCCGCCUCCUCCACCGCCUCACUGGCUCAGGAAGCAUGCAAAAGUUUACUGAACAAGAAGUCAGAUUCUGCUAAGCCUUCUACCAACAACAGUAAGAACAGUAUAGUGAGCGCCAUCAAUGCCCUGAAAGACACCAACAUGGCAACCAACGCCCAGAUGGAGUCGCAGAGCACUGUGGUGCACAACCCUCCCGAUGGAGUUAAGGGAUCAACAGAGAGCAAUGCCACCAACGACGAGGAGGAAAUGAAAGGUAGGAGAGCGGACAGUUCGGUGCUGAGUCAGAGCAGCGCCACAGAGGAGAUGCCCCCACUUCUGCCCUCACCUCAAAGCUCACCUGCCAUUCCACCGCAUGACGUAAAGCGCAUGGCAUGGAACAGCACAGGCAACAGCUCCUGCCCCGAGUCUGAGCUCUCACAGUCCUCCCUGCCUGCCGCUCCACUAGGGAGCAACACUGUCGCUGCUAAAUGCAACACUAAGCAGACCCGCAAACAGGAGAUCAUCAAGAUAACAGAGCAGCUGAUUGAAGCGAUCAACAAUGGAGAUUUCGAGGCCUACACGAGGAUCUGUGACCCUGGACUCACCUCCUUUGAACCCGAAGCCCUGGGGAACCUGGUGGAGGGCAUGGACUUUCACAAGUUCUACUUUGAUAACUUGCUGAGCAAGAACAGCAAGCCCGUGCACACUACCCUGCUCAACCCGCACGUGCACCUGAUCGGCGAGGACGCGGCGUGCAUCGCCUACAUCCGGCUCACGCAGUUCGUUGACACCACGGGCCACCCUCGCUCCAGCCAAUCGGAGGAGACCAGGGUGUGGCAUCGUCGCGAUGGCAAGUGGCUCAACGUUCACUUCCACUGCUCAGGAGCACCUGCUGCACCACUUCAGUGAUCAGUGGUCCUGAGCCUCCAGUCUACUGGAGUGUGUGUUUUGGGGGGCAGUUUUUUUCAGCGAGCGUGUUUAUGAGGCACCUCCUCUGCGUGGAUUGGCUAGUGCCAGGAGCCCGGCCGGGCGAGAUCGCAUCCCUCUCCACGAUACCAACCAAUCCUGUCCCUCCUUUGACCUGCUGGGGGCCGGCUGAACACAAGACCACCGCCCCCCCAUGGGAUGAUGCAUGCAUCUGGCGCCUGAAUGGAGGGCGCGUCUUUGCCCUCUAUCCCUCCCCUGGCAGCCAUCUUUUUUCUGCCCGUGCGAGAUGAGACGUCCUGGGGGAGGAGAGGAUUUACAGUUGAACUUGUGACAGUUUAUGAGUAUGAGUUAUGAAUAUACUGUGUAAAUUAUGACUAGAUGUACCAGAAACCACCAAAACCCAACCAAGCAUUUAUAUUCACUAUCUAAUAAAGGGAGGAGCAGAGAGGAGGGUGAAGUUAGCAGCUGAGAUUUUGGACACAUUUUUUGGCAUUCUAGGGAUUACAUGUACCUACCGGGCGGAAGGUGUUGUGCUCGUUACCCGGGGCGUUGGUGUAAACAUGUAGGGAGGUUUUCCCCCAACUGAAUUAUAGAGGGAAGAAAAAAAAUCAAGUGGGGCUCAGUCAGAGAACUUGACGACGAGAGAAACUUGAUAUCAAAAACAUGAAGCACCAAAGUGUAGAACUUUAGGCUUUUUAUGUGUUUUCGUUUGUGUGCUUGUUUUUCCGACGAGAACGGGAAAAAGAUCUUGUUGUCGUGGGAUGGGGGGGCGUCUGAUUUGAGGUUUACGUGUUUUGUUGUGUUUUUAGCGUCCUGUUCUCUUUUCGUUCCUGUGAAUAACCAGAGCCUUUUUUUUUCCUCUUUUGUUUUCUUUGUUUUCUUUUGGUCUGAACGAUCCUACAUUCGAGGCUCCUUUCUUUUUUUUUUUCUUUUUUUUUAAAGCAGCCGUUUUUAAAAAAAGAGGGAUUUUACUGUGCAAGUUUAAAGCUCACCUGCACGUUUCGUUGCGUCUGUAUGCAUCGGAGGGAGAGCGCGGGGCCAGUGACGGCGUCUGCGUUUUGCAUAUUCGCCUGCCGCCUCUCCCUCAUCCACCCCCCCGUCCUGCUCGCUCUCCCUCUUCCUCUCUCUUAAACCAUUCCCUCUAUUAACUUUCCCUCCCGCUCCUUUUUCUCUGCUUUCCGCAAGGGCCUGGUUUGUUUAUAUCCACUGUGUAAAUACAGUGUAUGUAUAGAUAUAUGUAGAAAAGUGUAAUAUAUGUACAUGUAUCUAAGAGACACUCAUCCUGUGUAUCUGGGUAUAGGAAUCACCCCAUCACCCCCGAUCUUCUUUAGGAGAAACGUUUUUUCCUUAACAGGUUUUUGACUUCUCCUCCUUAAAAUACUUCCUUGAGGAAAAAAAUUGGUAGCUUUUGAUUAUUCACUCAGUAAACACGUUUUAGGCUUCCAUCCCUCGUCCCGUGGCCCUAAGACUGUUUCUGGAGAUGGGGAAUAAAAGAAAUAACCGGAUAGAAUUAGUUUGACUCUUGCCCAGCAUGUUUUUAAAAAUAUAAAAACCGUCCUCAUAGUUUUCCUUGGACUCCUGAUCCCACAAUGCUGUGAUCCGUCUCUUCAUAUCAUGCACACACAUACACACACACGCACACGCCUGGUGGUGUGUCUAGGCUUUGUAACAUAUCUGCACCACUACUGUGUGACCAGGGCGCCACCCUUGCUGUGCUGCUUCAAUGUCUCCAUCCACCAGCGACCGUUGUAUCUUAAGCUCCGCCCUCCCCCUCAUCACUCCUCCCCCUGAUACCCCCCCUCCUCCCCCUUGAGAUGUUUAGUUGUAACCUCUCUGUUGUUUCUCUGUUCCCCUGUAACUGGUUUGAUUUUUUUCUUUUUAAAGUUUUGUUUUAUUACUAUUAUUAUUAUUAUUAUUGUCAUUAUUUUUUGGGGUUGUUGUCGUUGCUGUUGUUGUCGUCGUCGCUGUUGACUUGUUGACUUGUUGACUUGUCGUUUGGUAAUUUUUGCCGAUCUGCCAAGCUGGAGUUCUGCACUCUCUCCCCUCGCACACGGGAAUUUAAAAAGAGAAAAAGAUUUUUUUGAUAUUUGUUUUUAAAAGGGGAAAAAGAGGGAGAAAGUAUAAAAGACAAGACAACACAAAAAUUAGCUAGAUUGAAACGAUCAUCGAUUGAUCGGGCCUAAAUUAUUUAUUAACGUUAAUCCAGCCUUGGUGGUUUUAAAUCGUGCCUGCUCAGUUGAGAGGAGUUUUGGAAGCCCGAGCGAGCGAGCGAGGGUGGGUUGGUGUGGGUGUGCAGGUUUCUUCGACCUCCACUGUCGAGCCAGAGCGGGAGACCUAGUUAUAUGCAUGUUUCAGUUACGCAUUUCUACCAUGUACCUACCUGAAUAAGGAUGGAGCCUAGUGUUAAUAUAUGAUAUUUGCAUCUUUUGAAACAAGAAUCUCCUCCAUCCAGAAUGUUGAAUAGGUGACAUGAAAAACAGGAAAAAAAUGCAAAAAGAAAAAAAUAAAGAAGAAAAAAGAAGAAAAAAAAACAAGCGGAUUCAGGAGCCGUAGCUUGGUAUGAGGCCCUCGAUGUUAGCGUCCCCCCCCCCCCGUCCCCCCUGCGUUGUAAUGAUAUACUAUUGGGCUGCGCUUUCUCCCCCAGCCUUCACGUGGAUGCUGGAGUUUUUUUGCAUGAUCAUGAUGUACAAUGAAAUACAACCAUGAAUUGACGACUAUCAAAGUGUUUGUCUGAGUGUUAGUUGGUCUUCAUCAUAGCUUUGUUAUUCUUCGAACUUGGAUCUUGAAAGUAUUUAAUAAAAAUACUAUUUCAGCACUG